AUAGACUAUAAUUUAUUUACAGUUGAGAUUCCAAUACAACCAACGGAUAAAGAUAUAGUUUUUAGAUUUGUGGAAGCAUUAUUGACAUUACGUUCAAGUAGUAAUAGUUCUACGGUAUCUUCUCCACGUAGAGAAGGAGAACAAAUAAAAACAAGAAAGAUUAAUAUGGAUACAUUAAUAACAUUGGACACCCCCGCACUUGAUAUAACUGACGAUACUUCAAAUUCCAACGUAUGUCAAGAGACAAAGACUCAGCUGGAGGCUG